AUGCCCGCCAUCGCCUCACCAUCUACUGAAGAGAUUAUGGGCGGCUUUACAGUUGGCAUAGAUAUUGCUGUACUGUAUGUUCCUACUGCGUCCUACCUCAGAUUCUCCUGGCUUACUCACGAUAUCCCGGUCUCAAGUCUGUACGGGAUUCUCACCGCACAGGAAUACUUCUACUGGUGGACAUCGCAGGAUGACUCAAGAUUACUUCGCACAUUAGUUGCAUCUGUAUAUGUUUAUGAUUGGUACGAGCUUAAUCACAACGCCUCCGUCACGUUCCACUUCCUGAUUUUGAUUAUGGCGUCUGUUAUAGCAACUGGGAGUGUAUUGUGGAAAUCUCAAACCUGGGCCGACUUCAAAGCAUCCCGUGCAAGUCUAAUCACAGCCACAUGUGGUUUCGGUUUUACGGUUAUUCUAGACGCACUCAUCGCUUUCAGCCAGGUUUAUUAUCUCUGGAUCAGCCGUACAGGCUAUCAGGCGACAGACCAUUUGAUUAGGACAUUGAUGACAUACAUCAUCAACACUGGUGCUCUGACAAUAUGUGUUUCGAUAGCAACUAUUGUUACGUUUUGGUCGCUGGCCUUGAAGCACAGUCUUAUCUUUGGCGGACUAUAUACGGUCCAGAGCAAACUUUACGCGAAUUCGCUCAUCGCUGUGCUGGACGCACGACAACACCAUAAACCUGAGCGGAAGCAACCUUCUAGCUUCGUCGACAUCGAGUUACGUGGUGGUCGCGGAUCGUCCAGACCGGAAAAUAUUGAGAUAUUCCGCGAUAUAAUAGAGAUUACUGAUCAUACUUUGGACAAGAACAGCUCCACUGAAAAGGAUUACAUGGUAUCCGCGUAA